AUGGCUCAGAGCAAGGAGCAGACAGGCCCCGUGAACGUCAAGCUGCUGCUGAUCGGCAACUCCUCCGUGGGGAAGAGCAGUCUACUGCUCAGAUUCUCGGACGAGCAAUGGCUCCCAGAGGACGAGUCGAGUGCGACUAUCGGUGUGGACUUCAGGGUCCACAAGUUGGAUGUGAAAGGGCGAAAGGUCAAGCUUAGCAUAUGGGACACGGCGGGCCAGGAACGCUUCCGGACGAUCACGUCCUCAUAUUAUCGCGGCGCGCAGGGGAUCAUUCUGGUAUACGACGUCUCGAACCGCGAAUCGUUCGAGGCGCUCCCGCGCUGGUACUCCGAGCUCGAGACGUACGUCUCCAAGUCGGUCGUCAAGAUCAUCGUCGGGAACAAGGAGUUCUCGCGGCAAGUGCCGUACUCCGACGGGCAGCGCUUCGCAGAGCGCAUGGGCUCGCUGUUCAUGGAGGCGUCCGCGAAGACGGCCACGGGCGUGCGCGAGGCGUUCCAGGAGGUCGUCGAGAAGAUCCUCGACACGCCGGAGCUCUGGGCGGCCGCGGGCCAGAAGCGCGGUACGGGCCUCGGCGGCGCGAACGGCAGUGCGCAGGGCAGCAUGCCUGGCAGCAUCAACCUGAGCGAAACCCAGGACGGCGAAGGGUCGAGUGGAGGCGGCUGCGCGUGUUGA